AUGGUUUUCUACCCGCCUUCCUGGGUCCCCGCGCUCCCUGCGGUCCCCGAUUCCAUUACCAUCGAGCAGUUCAUGAACGAUGAGACCUACAACCGCAAGCCGCUUCGCGAGUCCCGGAACCCGUAUACCUGCGGUAUCACCGGCAAGACUUACACCGCUCAAGAGACCAAGGAACGUACCAACUUCCUCUCCCGCGCAAUCGGCAAGCGGCUUGAGUUCGCCCCCAACGACGACGCGACCCCCUGGGAGAAGGUUGUGGCAGUGUUCUCCGUCAACGCUAUUGAUUAUGUCCCCCUCUCGCAUGCCGUCCACCGCCUCUCCGGCAUCGUCACCCCCGCCAGCGCCGCCUACUCCGCCCAGGAGCUCGAGCACCAGCUCAAGUCCUCCGGUUCCGUCGCGCUCUUCACUUGCAUGCCCCUCCUCGAGACCGCCCUCAAGGCUGCCGACGGUGCUGGCAUUCCCCGCAACAGGAUUUUCCUCCUCGAGGUCCCCGGCGCCAAGGCCGCCGGAUUCGUUACCGUGGAUGAACUCGUCCGUGAAGGACAAAAGUUGCCCGAGAUCGAGCCUCUGAAGUGGACUAAGGGACAGGGUGCUCGGCAACCCGCAUACCUGUGCUACUCGAGCGGCACUUCUGGAUUACCGAAAGCGGUAAUGAUCGCACAUGCCAACGUCAUUGCGAACAUUUUGCAAGUCACCACCUACGAGAGCGUUCCCCGCAAGCAGAACGGAGUAGGAACGCAGGUAUCUCUGGGUCUCCUACCAUUCAGCCACAUCUACGCCCUCGUCGUAAUAUGCCACGUCGGUACCUACAGGGGAGACGAGAUCAUCGUCCUGCCCAAGUUUGACCUCAAGACGCUCCUCGCCGCCGUCCAAAACUUCAAGAUUCGACAAAUGUGCAUUGUUCCCCCCAUCAUCAUCGCCCUCCUCCGAAACCAAAAACUUGCCUCCCAAUACGACCUCUCCUCCCUACGCAUUCUUUACAGCGGCGCCGCCCCUCUCGGAAGCGAAACCAUUGACGAGGUCCUCCGGAUCUUCCCCGACCUGCGCCUCUGCCAAGGCUACGGCAUGACUGAGACCGCCACCGUCGUCUGCACCACCAGCGAGGAGGACCGUCACCCCGGAACCUCUGGAUCUCUCGUACCCGGCGCCAAGGCCAAGAUCAUCGACUUUGAGGGCAACGAGGUCACCACGCCCGAGACCCCCGGCGAACUGCUCGUACAGAGCCCCUCGGUGGUUUUGGGCUACCUGAAUAACGAAAAGGCCAACGCCGAGACAUUCGUGCACCACGACGACGGCAGGUGGAUCAAGACAGGCGAUGAAGUUGUCAUUCGAAUCUCGCCGUUGGGCAACGAGCAUCUCGUCAUCGUGGACCGCAUCAAGGAGCUCAUCAAGGUUAAGGGCCACCAAGUCGCCCCCGCUGAGCUCGAGGCCCACCUCCUCACCCACGAGUUCGUCUCCGACUGCGCCGUCAUCCAGGUCCCCGACGACCGCGCUGGCGAAGUCCCCAAGGCCUACGUCGUCAGGGGCACCCAUGCCGCGGCCCAUCCCGAGGACCACGUGGCGAAGGCAAUUGCCAAGUACGUCGAGGACCACAAGGCUAGGCAUAAGUGGCUUAAGGGCGGUAUUGAGUUCAUCGACGUCAUUCCUAAGAGCCCUAGCGGUAAGAUUCUCAGGAGGAUGUUGAGGGAUAAGGAGAAGGAGGCCAGGAGGGCCAAGGGCGCGAAGCUGUAA